GCAUGUGUGGCUAUCUAUGUUUUAUACGUUCAUAAGACAACGUUUAGCGCAAUUUGUAUUAAUGUUAUUUGCUGAUACUCUAUCGCAAUAAUGUGUUUUAAAAAUAAAGUUGUUUUAAUAACGGGCGCUAGUUCAGGCAUUGGAGCUGCUACAGCGAUUAAAUUAGCUAAAGAAAGUGCUAAAAUAGCAAUAGUUGGUAGGAACAAGACUAAACUACUAAAUGUGUCUGUUAAAUGUGAGAAUUUGGGAACGAAACCAUUAGUUAUCAUCGCAGAUGUGACCAAAGAUGAAGACGUCGUCAGACUUGUGAACGAAACAGUAACGUAUUUCGGCAAAUUGGACGUUCUAGUAAACAACGCGGGAUCAGUUUUUAGAGGAAGUAUUUUUGCCGAUAAUGCCAUCAACGUUUUCGAUAUGAUGAUGAAUACGAAUCUCCGAUCAGCAGUGCACAUCACCAAUUUGGCAGCUAAACAUUUAGUAGAAUCUAAAGGAUGUAUCGUUAACGUUGGGAGUAUAGGUGGAAGAGGUUUUUUUGUCCCCGAAAACUUUUCAUAUGGUGUUUCUAAAGCUGGUCUCGAGUAUUUUACGAAGAGUGCUGCUUUGGAAUUUAGCAGCAAAGGAGUUAGAGUGAACGUCGUACUUCCAGGACCUACCAUAACUGAUUGUUUGGAUAGUUCAGGGCUAGACGAGGAUGGGAAGGUUCAACAGUGGCGUAAACUCGGUGGUAAAACAGCGCUGGGUAAAGUUAGUGAAGCUGAUGAAAUAGCAGAUGUUAUUGUGUUUUUAGCGAGUGAUAAAGCAAAAAGUGUAACUGGUGCGUCGUAUGUUGUAGAUAACGGGAUGCUAUUGAAGGGUUUGCAUUAAGUUUGAAAUGAGUUUGUCGGAUAAAUCGACGGCUUCCACGCACUACGUAGUAAUUCAAAAAGUAUAUCCUGUAAAAAUAGUUCCCCGUUUUAAUAAACAUUAUUCUUUGAUAAACAUUGAAAAUGUUUUCAAACUAUAAGUACAUGUUUAAAAUGAAUCGAUAAUUGUAAAGAUAGUUAAUGAUGAUGAUGAUGUUGAUGUCUUAAAUAUUUACCAAAACUAUAAAGUUGAAUAAAACCUCACCAGUUAAA